AUGAAUUAAAAUAUUAUUGAUCAAAUCAAUUCUGUGCAUCACCCUCCAUGCAUACAGCAAAGAACCAAUAGUGAGAUGAUCACCUUGAGUUAAUGGAAAGCAAAGAACUUCUUGGCCUCUACUUCCUCUCGAUACUACAAAAUCCCAGACAUCCCUGAACUCAAACCCAAAAAACAACAGAUCAGAAAUGUUAAGUACAAAUUCGAACUUGAUGACGAUGUCGGUCACAAGAUAUUGAAACAGGUCUUGCCAAGAAAUCCUCUCUUGCCCAUGAGAAGACAGCAUUAACCGAGUAAUCUAAUGAUUAAUGUUAGAUCCAUCCUAAUUAUCUGUAAUCCAACCCAAUUAAAGUCUACAAUAAAUCAAUUCUUCCAUAGAAGAAUCUCACAUUGGAUCCAAAACCAAUCGUUUCAAUAAGCCUUCUCUCAAAAGGAACUCCAGUCAACCGUUGCUGGAUGAAACCAAAUAAUUGUCUUUUCUCAAAAACAAUUCCUCCUCAAAGGACAUGAAAAUCUCAGAACGAAAGAAAAGCAAAAUCUACUUUGGAUCCACUGUUUAAGCAUCUCAAACUUAAACCAAAUUUGAAAUUGACUUCGAUUUCAAAGUCAGAGAUUCAUCAGUCAAACGAAGACUAUCUCAGAAACAAUUCAAUCUAUAUAAGAAUAGAAAAAUAGCAGUUUCCAGCAUUGCAAAUCAAUAUAAACAUCAAAAGGAAGAGGAAGUAGAAGCAAGAAAAAAAUAAGUCAAAGAAUAAAUUGAACUAUUAUGA